CCGCCACUCGUUCCUGGCGGGCCUUUUUAGCUCCAGUUGUCGCCUGUGUUCCUGUGGUGCCCAGAGCGGCCGGGCCGAGCAUCAUGACGUCCGCCUUGGAAAACUACAUCAACCGAACUGUUGCAGUUAUAACUUCUGAUGGAAGAAUGAUUGUGGGAACACUGAAAGGGUUUGACCAGACCAUUAAUUUGAUUUUGGAUGAAAGCCAUGAACGAGUGUUCAGCUCUUCACAGGGAGUAGAACAAGUGGUGCUGGGGUUAUACAUCGUAAGAGGUGACAAUGUUGCAGUCAUUGGAGAAAUUGAUGAAGAGACAGAUUCUGCGCUUGAUUUGGGGAAUAUUCGAGCAGAACCUCUAAACUCUGUAGCACACUGAGGAAAAAUUACAUACAUUGGACAUCUGUAUAUCUUUGUAUAGAAACUGAUUAUUCUAAGGAUGAUGUAUGGAAUUUUUAUGAAUGUGUAAUUGUAGACUUUGACUCCAUAUUGAUUCAUUGCAAUAUGAUAUGUAAAUUAAAAUAUUUCUACAUUUCCUUGA